AUGCAGUGGAUCUUGCAGAGGAGGUUGCUACGACAGCUGAGGGCACUUCGUACCCGGGUAUUCCGCACCUUCCUUGCACGUGGGAAAGCCGAGCCCGCCUGGGCACCGCGUCAACGGCCUCGGGGGCUCCAGUCCCCGCACGCCACUGCCUUCAGGCCCCCUGACCAGGCCCCGCACGCCCCUGACCAGACCCUGCACGGCCUGACGCGGCCCCGCACGCCCCCUGACCAGCCCCUCCCGCUGCGGGCACGGAGGCUGCGGGCUGAGGCCCCGCCCCCUUACGUCACGGGCUGGCCGAGCGCCGAUUGGCUGCGGCGCCGCCUCGCGCCCGCCUCGCGCGGCCGCGGAUGUCGCAGCCGCCGUUCCCCGUCGUCGUUUGAAAUCCGGCCCAAGAUGGCGGCGGCGGCGGCGGGCGGGAGCGGGGCUGAGGCGGCGGCGGGCAGGCCGGGGGGGGCGGGGGAGGAGGAGGAGGAGGCGGCGGCCGUGGCGGGGGAGGAUGAGGAGGACGGGGAGGCCGGCGGCGGCGGGGCUGGCAAGGCGGCAGCGGCUGGCGGGGAGGUCGGCGGCGGCGGUGAGAGCGAAGAGGAGGAGGAUGAGGAGGAGGACGUGUUCGAAGUGGAGAAGAUCCUCGACGUGAAGACCGAGGGGGGUGAAAUUUUCUACAAAGUCCGGUGGAAAGGAUACACCUCUGAUGAUGAUACCUGGGAGCCAGAGGUUCAUUUAGAAGACUGCAAAGAAGUGCUGCUCGAAUUCAGAAAAAAAAUUGUGGACAAUAAGCCUAAACCUGUUAAAAAAGACAUACAGAAACUAUCUCUAAAUGAUGAUGUAUUUGAAGCAGAGUCUGACAGUGACUGGCAAAGUGAAACAAAAGAUGAUGUUUCACCAAAGAAGAAAAAGAAGAAGUCAAAAGAUGGAGAGGAUAAAAGUCUGGAUGAUCUGAAGAAGAAAAAGUCUAAGUCUGCAAAAGUCAAAGAAAAACCCAAAACAGAAUGUGAAAACUCUUCAGAUACUGUGAGUUUGGAUUCAAAAGGGAAAAAAAGGACUUCGGAAGCCAGGGAGGAUUCAAAAGACUCAAAGAAGCAAAGGAAGGAAGAUACUAAAGAAAUCAAGAAAAAAAAGGGAGAGGUUAAAGAUUUAAAAAUAAAAUCUAGAGAAGACAAAAAAUCAUGGAAGGAGAAGCAUAGAGAUGCUCAGAUUGACUUGGAAUCAAGUACUUUAGAUUAUGUGUUUUCUCAAGGAACUGAUAAUGAAAAUUCAGACUUAAAUUCUGAAAACAAAGAUGAGAAACAAAAGGUAGUAAGUGGAGAAGAGAGAUUAGAACAAGAAAUUACUGAGAAAGAGUCUGUUGCUGAUAGGCAUCUUGAUGGAUCAGGAGGUAAAGAUGAUGAUAGUAUUGAUGUUAAGAUUGAAAGAAAGAAGAAAAAAAUUCAGAAAGCUGAAGAUUAUAAAGAAGAAGGUAGAAUAGUGGAAACUCAGGAUACCUAUUUAGAGAAGCAAAGCAUGGAGAAAAAGCAAAAAGGUCAAGAAAAAGGAAAAAUGAUACAAAGUGAGUUGGAGAAGGCAUCACCUGCUCCUUCACUAGUUCAGAAGGGUUUGAAAUUGAGCACUGAUGAAAGAGGGCGCAAGUCCACCGAUUCAGCUGGGGAGUAUCAGGAGAAAGAAGUAAAGAAAGUUGAAACAAAAGAAAAAUCUCCAAAAAAAGAGUCUGAAAAAGAAGAAAAGAGCAGAAAAGAACAAAAGGGCCUAAAAAGCUUUAAGGACAUCAAAAGUGUAUUUGACUUGUUUAAUGUAGCUUCAGAAGAAAAAAGGGAAUAUUCUGAGAAUAACUGCAAAAGAGAAGAAUCUUCGUUAGAAUAUAAAUUCAUAGAAGAAUUAAAAUCAAAAGGCAGCAAGGUGUACAAGGAGCGGAAGAACCUAGAUGAGACAGACACAUGGACUCGCAUUGCUGCAGAAGGUGAUGGAGAAGUAAUGGAUGUGUGUCAAAUGGAGAGCUCUGAUGGCAAGCAACAAGUCUUGAGUUUGGGUAUGGACAUGCAGUUAGAAUGGCUGACACUAGAAGACUUUCAGAAGCAUCUUGAUGGGGAAGAUGAGAACCACGUGUUAACAGAACCAAUAUCAAAUACUCUUCUGAGGGAUGCUGUUAAAAGUGGAGAUUAUAUGACAGUAAAGAUGGCACUUUCUUCAAACGAGGACUAUAAUCUGGAUCAAGAGGACUCAAGUGGAAUGACCCUAGUAAUGCUUGCUGCUGCUGGUGGGCACGAUGACCUUCUCCGGGUCCUAAUCAGGAAAGGAGCUAAAGUUAAUGGUAGACAGAAGAAUGGGACAACAGCGUUGAUACACGCAGCUGAGAAGAAUUUUCUAACAACAGUAGCUAUUCUUCUGGAAGCUGGGGCAUAUGUGAACAUGCAGCAGAGCAGUGGUGAGACUGCUUUAAUGAAGGCUUGUAAAAGAGGGAACUCUGACAUAGUGCGGCUUAUGAUUGAAAGUGGAGCAGACUGUAACAUCCUGUCAAAGCAUCAGAACAGUGCGCUGCAUUUUGCUAAACUAUGUAAUAAUGUGCUGGUGUAUGAGCAGCUCAAGAGUCAUUUGGAAACGCUCUCAAGAGUAGCAGAAGACACCAUCAGGGAUUACUUUGAAGCUCGCCUGGCCUUGCUGGAGCCGGUCUUUCCAAUCGCGUGUCAUCGUCUCUGUGAGGGGCCAGACUUUUCUACGGAUUUUAACUACAAACCCCCACAACAUGUGCCAGAAGGAUCUGGAAUUCUUCUCUUUGUUUUCCAUGCAAAUUUCUUCGGCAAAGACGUCAUUGCCCGGCUCUGUGGGCCGUGCAGUGUACAAGCUGUGGUUUUAAAUGACAAGUUUCAGCUCCCUGUAUUUUUGGAUAGUCACUUUAUUUAUUCCUUCAGCCCUACUGCAGGCCUUAACAAGCUUUUUAUACGGUUGGCAGACGCUCCUACUGCCAAGGUGAAGCUGCUGAUCAGCGCCUACCGGGUGCAGCUGCAGUGAGCUCACAGGGCAGGGCCGGGCGGGCUGGUGCUCCCUUGGAUCUGCUGCCGAUUCCUCUCUAGAGACUGACCAAGCAGUUUGGAGCUUUGGGCACCACACUCUUCAGAGCCUGUUCCCAUCUUGCUGUCACUUGCUGGCAGCCACAGAGGAAGGUGUGUGUUGGAGAGCAGCUCAGGAUGCUGCUCUGGUGGCACAAGGGUUGUCAGCUGGUUUUUACUUUGUACAGAUGUAGCUGUAAGUAUUUGUGCCAAUACACAUACUUCUGUUUUUCUUCAA